AUGAGUUCAUUCGGUUUGCGACAGUUUGGUGCUUCUUCAAGGUUCUCUCAAGGCCUCAGAAGACAGCAGGCUCGCGCCUUCUCUCGCAGCGCUCCCGCCGCCCGUAUCAUCACAAACCAGCCCCUUCGCGCAAAGGAGGCUUCUCCCUUCCUCAGCAACAAGUACCCCGUCAUUGACCACGAAUACGAUGCUUUGGUUGUUGGUGCUGGUGGUGCCGGUCUGAGAGCUGCUUUCGGUCUCGCCGAGGCUGGCUUCAACACCGCCUGUAUCUCCAAGCUUUUCCCUACCAGAUCGCACACUGUCGCCGCUCAGGGUGGUAUCAACGCUGCUCUCGGAAACAUGCACGAGGAUGACUGGAGAUGGCACAUGUACGACACCGUCAAGGGUUCGGAUUGGCUGGGUGAUCAGGACGCUAUCCACUACAUGACCAGAGAGGCACCCGCCUCGGUCAUCGAGCUCGAGAACUACGGCUGCCCCUUCUCGCGUACUGAGGAUGGAAAGAUCUACCAGAGAGCCUUUGGUGGUCAGUCCAAGGAGUACGGCAAGGGUGGUCAGGCCUACAGAUGCUGCGCCGCCGCUGACAGAACCGGUCACGCUCUUCUUCACACUCUCUACGGCCAGUCUCUCGCCCAUAACACCAACUACUUCAUCGAGUACUUCGCCACUGAUCUGAUCAUGGAGAACGGCGAGUGCAAGGGUGUUAUUGCUUACAACCAGGAGGACGGUACCAUUCACCGCUUCCGCGCACAGAACACUGUCUUGGCCACUGGUGGUUACGGACGUGCUUACUUCUCGUGUACCUCUGCUCACACUUGCACUGGUGACGGUAUGGCUAUGGUCGCCCGUGCUGGUCUUCCUAACCAGGAUCUGGAGUUCGUUCAGUUCCACCCUACUGGUAUCUACGGUGCUGGAUGUUUGAUCACUGAGGGUUCCCGUGGUGAGGGUGGUUACCUCCUCAACUCUGAGGGUGAGCGUUUCAUGGAGCGUUACGCUCCUACCGCCAAGGAUCUUGCCUCGCGUGACGUUGUCUCUCGUUCCAUGACCAUGGAAAUCCGUGAGGGUCGUGGUGUCGGCCCUGACAAGGACCACAUCUACCUCCAGCUUUCUCACUUGCCCGCCGAGGUCCUUCACGAGCGUCUGCCCGGUAUCUCUGAGACCGCCUCUAUCUUCGCUGGUGUCGAUGUCCGCAAGCAGCCCAUUCCCGUUCUUCCCACCGUCCACUACAACAUGGGUGGUAUCCCUACCAAGUACACUGGUGAGGUCCUUACCCAGGACGCUCAGGGUAACGACCAGGUCGUCAAGGGUCUCUUCGCCUGUGGUGAGGCCGCUUGUGUCUCCGUUCACGGUGCUAACCGUCUUGGUGCCAACUCUCUCCUCGACUUGGUUGUCUUCGGUCGUGCUGUUUCUCACACCAUCCGUGACAACUUCACUCCCGGACAGAAGCUCGAGGCCAUCCCCGCCGACGCCGGUGCCGAAGCCAUCAACGUUAUCGACCAGGUCCGCACUGCCGAGGGUCCCAAGACCACCCACGAGGUCCGUCUCGCCAUGCAGAAGGUCAUGCAGACCGACGUUUCCGUUUUCCGUACCCAAGAGUCGCUCGACGAGGGUGUCAAGAAGAUGCGCGACGUCGAUGCCCAAUUCGCCCAGGUCGGCACCAAGGACCGCAGCAUGAUCUGGAACUCUGACCUUGUCGAGACUCUUGAGCUCCGUAACCUCCUGACUUGCGCCGUCCAGACUGCCGAGGCUGCCGCCAACAGAAAGGAGUCUCGUGGUGCUCACGCCCGUGAGGACUACCCCGACCGUGACGACGAGAACUGGAUGAAGCACUCCUUGACAUGGCAGAAGAACCCCCACGGCAAGGUUGAGCUCGGCUACCGCAAGGUUACCGGCACCACCCUUGACGAGGCUGAGUGCAAGGCCGUCCCUCCCUUCGCCAGAAAGUACUAA